UAAUGUACGGUGUAUCCAUACCUUGCCUUGACUAAGGCAAGGUACCUAUUCCCUAUUCGCAGAUGAGAGAAGGCUCGCCCCCAGUCACAAUUUUCAAAUCUACAACAUACAUACAUUUCAUAGACGAUUUCUCAAAUCGCAGUACAUAAUCUUCCCCGUCUAACCAUCAGGUAACUACGGCGUAAAUACGACAUACUUUGGUUUGACGUGGCACCCUCCAAAACAGCCGCCGCGCCAACACCAGGGCAACCCACACCAUCCAUUCGAUCCGUCGCAACCACGCCCACCUUACCUUGCCUUGGGUACUGUGCAGGAGUCAGGCCGAGUUCUACCUGAUUGCGAGGCGCUCAAAAGCCGUUCCUGCUACCAACCCUGCCCCUCUAAUAAGACGAACCCUUUGGCACCCGACGAGACGAACCGAGCCCACCUUUCCGCUCGACGCAAAAUACCCAAUCGACGCGAUUGCCGCACGCGCAUUGGCGAUAGCAUCCUGCCCAGCCUCGCCGAAUGAACAGAACCCGAGAAUUCGGUACCCAACGUUGCCCAUUGCGCUACUCGCCCCCGCCGCUCAUCCCAGCGAAAACCCAGAACCAUCGACAGACCGAGAGCAUCGAGCACGAUCGAUUAAAUACCGAUAUUGGAGACACCUCCCCGUGCUCCAUUCCGAAUCUCAGCGACAGUCGGAAUACCUAGGCGACGCGAUCAUACCCGACCAACACCAGCCCAUCAUCAGUAAAUCGAACUACAAGCAGCAAAUUUAGGCACAAUGGUGGCGUCGACACUGACGGGCAGCUCCCUCUACGAGAGGCGCGUUGUCGAGCGCGUCCACCGCUACCAAUGGCCCGGCAUUCAACUCAACCUCUGGAUCCUUGUCAUGCUUGUCGCCGCCUGCCUCAUCAUCGGCGUCUUUGCGUCCUUCAUCGAGACGCAGCAGCAACUGCUUCUGCCCAUACCCUGGUACUUUCCCUACUACAUCACCGUCGCAUGCCUUGUAAUCCUCUUCAUCGGCCUCCUCCUCUGGCUAGUCUUCCAGCGUCGUCUCCUCCCAGCCAUUGUUAUGAUCGGCGCCUUCAUCCUCUUCAUACUAUGGUUCGUCGGUCUUGUUGUCGUGAGCAUUCAGCUCUGGGGACCCGACGGAUCCGUCUCGAGCACGUGUAACCUCGCCGUGUUUAACCGGAGCCCGACGGGGCAGAGUCUAGACACCCUCGCUUGGCUGGAACAGAGGAGCAUAUGCCAGGCGUGGCAGGCGGUGUUUUCGUUCGCGCUUGUUGGUGCCAUUUUCCUGCUUUGGAUCAUGGUCAUGGCCUACCAGGUGUUUGCCAGCUCGUGAUGAAGUUGGGCUGAGGCACAAUUGUCCCGGGAAUUAUCAUUCUCGUAUGGACGUAUUGCUGCGUAGUGUCGACGAUGAAGACUCGAGUCGCAUCCUGGCCGCAACGUAUAUUUUUUGACUGUAUACAACUGCGUGAGGGAUACUCGACAUACUCAACCAUUUUCUGGAAUAAUCUUCUUUCGGCAUUGUCCGACACAACUCGACAUACAUACGGAAACAUAAACGGUAUCUAGUUUCGACAGUCUUAUCGGCCGGCACGGACAUAUUGCCAGUUUUGCUACAAGAGACGAAUUUACGAGUAUGAUCUGAUGGGUUUAAUGGUUAGAGUCGCCGUCGGAGCGGGGUCAUCGUUCUCUUCCUUGGUUUCGAGCAACUGCACAUAUAGGCGUUUGGUGAUUUUGGACGGGGGUUUCGCACCAGCUAAUGUUUUGUGACUGGACCGCAUGAUUGCCUAGCAAAGGCGCACGAAGAUGAGUAAAACGUAAGUAUCCAGAAAUGACGAAUUGGAACUUAUGGAUAGUCGAAUGAGGUAGCACAAGAAAGCACGGCAAGGUUUGAUGGAAUGACAACAGUAUAUCCUGCAUUGCGUUGUAACCGGACUGUGCAUACAUUCAAGUCGUUGUCUG